UCCCAUCUAAGCAUACUUAGCUAAGCUCAAAAAUGGCGGCAACAAAGCUUGUAGCUCUUAGCUUCGUUGUCCUCAUGAGCAUUGGGUUAGCCAAUGCCGCAAGGGUGUCUAGAUUAGCCAAUGCUCAAGGUCAAGGCUCGGGUACCGGGAGUGGUGGUGGGUACGUGAAUGGCGGCGGUGUAGGGAACGGGAAUGGUUAUGGAGUUAGCCAGAGCGGGAGCGGAACCCAUGCGAAUGCUGGGGGAGGGGGUUGGGGUGGAGGUGGCUCGCAGUACAAUGGUACUGGUUUUGGUUCUGGAUCAGGCCAAGGCUCGAGCUCGGGCUCGGUGAGCCAGGGUGGUGGGAGUGCGAGCGCCGGAGGAGGCGGUGGUGGUGUUGCCGGUGGACAAGCUGGAGGUGUUGAUGGAUCCGGCGGUUAUGGGACUGGCACUGGCAGCGGAACCGGAUCUGCUGCGGCAGACGGUGGUGCUUCCCCUACAUCCUCCCCGCCAUAUGCAAAUGCCAAUGCAACUGGCGAUGGUAACGGCAACGGUGGUGGCCAAAGCGGUGGGAGCGGAAGCGGUGGGGGUGGUGGAUCUGGUUACGGUGAUGCCAACCCUUAAAAUUUUCAUUUCUAUGUGCCGACCAAAGUUACAUUGGAGCCCACGUUAUCAUUAAUAAUUUCAUUCACCUUGAUAUGGUAGUAUUUGUUUUGUUUUGAUUUUAUCCUUUGAUGUAUUAGGGAGCAACUAAUAAAGGGCUCCAUCAUUUCUAGUUUGUUGUACCCUUUUUUCUCUUUUGGAAGGAAUUUUAAUUAGUUAAGUUAAUGUAUCACUUUUAGAGUUCAAGGGAAUGCCAAAAGCUGUCACAGUGAUCUUUGAGUGCUAUAUGUGAUCAGGUUUAUA